AAUAUAUGUUGUGGGGGGGAAAAAGAUGGCACUGUGAAAAGACGCAGAUAUCUCCCGUAGAUAUUUUUCUCCCUGUAGGGCGCCCUGAGCCAUCCCUCCCUCCCACCUCCCGAGUGUUUCUAUAGUAAUUUCCAGCCAAUGAUCAGUAGGUGUCCACAUCCGUGCUUCCUCACCUCAGCACCAAUCAGCCACACACAGCGACAGGAGACACGGACUGAGCAGAGACCAGGCAGGCACACAAUACAGUCCCCGGAUCAAGAGGAGAGGAAACACCUAACCCCCUCUGCGAUUUACCUUCUUCUUUUCUACGACACCUUUUGGCUCAUUUGUGCACUUUCCAACCUUUUUUUCUAAUGUGAUAAGAAAGUCGAUAAAAAUGGUCCUUUUGUUUUGAGCGCCCUGAACACACACACACACACACACUCGCUCCAGCGCCCUGGGUCUGUGCGUCUUCUCGCAUCUUUGCAUUAUUUUCCCUCCACGUUUCGCUUCGCAGUGAUGUACCGUUCCACGGUCACAGGCUGGUAGCAUCUUGAGAGCCCUUCUCAACAGGAACCUGCACCAGAAGAGAUAAACCAGGAUGGUAACGCACUGUUCGUAACCAGCUUCAGCUCGACAAAGGCCACUGUAACCUCACUCUCUUCUGCUUAACACCGACAACUGUUUCUCAGCCAUGUCUAACAUAAACAAUGCACUUUGCAUUGAAAAUGGACAAAAUGCAGAUGUGUCUCUCUUACAAAAGGAUAAUCUUCAGGAUGGUGGAUUAAGUCAGCUUUUGGAUUAUAAUGCAGAAAUGGAAAGGUACAGGUCUUUUGCAAACUUUUAUAAAACCAAUGGGGCAUUUCCACAGACUGCUAAGAUUGCCCGCAUCACAACGCCCAUUUUUCCCAGUGCCAGAAUUGGCAUGUCCCCUUGGAACUGCGAUAACGCCAUGCUCUGGGGAAGGAAAUCAGCGGCAAUAAACCCUAAUAGGACCGGCAUGCAUAGAAAUGACUCCCAGAGGCCAGGGAAGCCUGGCGUGCCGCCAGAGACGCUGCAAAUGGCAAAUAAUAAUUUCCUCUCUACCUUAUCCCCUGAACACUGCAGACCUUUAGCAGGAGAAUGCAUGAACAAGCUGAAAUGCGGUGCUGCUGAAGCAGAGAUAAUGAAUCUCCCAGAACGUGUUGGAACUUUUUCCGCUAUUCCGGCUUUAGGGGGCAUCUCAUUACCUCCCGGGGUCAUCGUCAUGACAGCCCUUCACUCCCCCGCAGCCUCAGCAGCCGUUACAGACAGUGCGUUUCAAAUUGCCAAUCUGGCAGACUGCCCACAGAAUAAUUCCUCGGCAUCCAGUGGAAACCCAGCAAAGAAGAAAAGGAAAAGGUGUGGGGUCUGUGCACCCUGCAGGCGGCUAAUCAACUGUGGUGUCUGCAGCAGUUGUCGGAACCGCAAAACAGGCCACCAGAUCUGCAAAUUUAGGAAAUGCGAGGAGCUGAAGAAGAAGCCUGGCUCAUCGCUGGAGAGGACGCCGGUCAACAACGGCGAAGCUUUCCGGUGGUUCUUUUAGAAAGGUGAGCUGGGGUUGCAGAGUCCAGUGGCAGGAGGGCAGGUGGGACUCUUGACUCUCUGCCAGGAGCGCUUGAUGUGUUCACAGAGCCCAGCGCAGCCAACACAUUUGGAGAGGAUGAGAGAAGAGAAAGUGGACAAGCAAAAAGAUAAAUGAAAACCUAAUGGUGUUGUUUUAACUCUGUAAUUUCCUUUUCUGUGUAAUUAUUGUACCUUUUGACAGUAUCAUAAUGUAUAUUUUUGGUGUCUAUGAAUGUGUUUUCAGUGUUGUGGCUGUAGGUUUACAGCCAAUCCUAUGUAAAGGACUCAGACAAUCAUAUGAGCACACUGAAUCCGUCAAACAGAAGAGGCCACAACAUCGACAUAACAAUACACACUUUACUCUGGAGCAAUAACCUGUUCUGUUAGUUAUUCUUCAACCAUUCAUUUCUGUUGACUCUUCGGUUAGUUUGCCAAACUGAAUUAUCCUUUUGUUUUGUCCUUUACUUCAUCUUAAAGAUAUACUUUGAAAUGCCACGUUGGCAGUAUGAUGUAUCUCGAUAAGAGCGAUGAAGAGAACGGUGGCAGCAGAGCUUCUGUGAUGGACUUGUUGACAUGUUUCCUCAUUUGAGUGGACUUACUGCAGAACAGGGCACAUUGUCCUGUGCGGUGAGUCACUCUUCUUUAAAAUCUAAUUGGACAUCAUUUGAUUGUGGCAGCACCAGACGUUUACAGUAUGACUCAGACUGCAGUCUGGAAUUCUCAAAGAUGAUCCAAGUACAUGUUUUUAACUAAAUGUAAGUCAUAAAGCCUUUUUUUCUUCUUUGAGUUUUGAUCUCUAAAAGAUUGUUAACUGUCAAAAAGGACGUGAGAAAUGAUGAAAACAUUCAAAUGAUUAAAGUACACUACAUAUUUGACAUAUCAGAUAUUGUUCUGGAGCUAAGGUAUAAAUGGUCCUUUCUCCUGCAAAGUAACAUUAACACAUUCCAAAAACAAAAAUUAUUCUAUAAGUUACUCAUUGUCUUAAACCCUAUUGUUGCAUGUGUAAAUGUGUUUUGGUUUUAAAGAUUA